AGCGGUCAAUUCCGUGAGCGGCCGAAGAAGCGCCAGUGCCCUCCACAGGCCCAGUCCCCACUGUCUCCCUCCUGACCCCCUCAGCUCAGCUCCCCUCUCUCCUCGAGAUCUCCCCACGGGCCAAGGCCAGGAGCCAACAAACGCAAGGCCACCGCCGCCUCUGCGCCUCCGCAGUCGCCGUUCUGCGCCCUUGCCCGCCACCGCCCGGAGAGAUGGCGAAGGCGUUUUACGCGGUGGGUUUCUGGAUCCGGGAGACCGGUCAGGCCCUCGACCGCCUCGGCUGUCGCCUCCAGGGGAACUACUUCUUCCACGAGCAGAUUUCAAGGCAUCGCACACUUAUGAACAUCUUUGACAAAGCCCCUCAUGUUCACAAAGAGGCAUUUGUCGCUCCAAGUGCAUCCCUUAUUGGCGAUGUUGAAGUUGGGCAAGGGUCUUCAAUUUGGUACGGAUGCAUCUUAAGAGGUGAUGCAAAUAACGUUCAAGUUGGAUCUGGGACCAAUAUACAGGACAAUUCUGUUGUGCAUGUGGCAAAAUCUAAUCUAAGUGGAAAAGUCUUUCCAACUAUCAUUGGAGACAAUGUCACAGUAGGGCAUAGUGCUGUAUUACAAGGAUGCACUGUUGAGGAUGAAGCUUUUGUUGGUAUGGGGGCUACCCUGUUAGAUGGUGUUGUUGUGGAAAAGCAUGGGAUGGUCGCUGCUGGAGCCCUUGUAAGACAGAACACGAGGAUCCCUUGUGGAGAGGUAUGGGGUGGAAACCCUGCAAAAUUUCUGAGGAAGCUCACAGACGAGGAGAUCGCUUUUAUUGCGGAAUCAGCUGCCAACUAUUCCAACUUAGCCAAGGCACAUGCUGUUGAGAAUGCUAAACCCUUGGAAAAGAUUGAUUUUGAGAAAGUGCUGCGCAAGAAAUUUGCUCACCAGGACAAUGAACACGAUUCCAUGCUUAGUGUCACUCGAGAGGUCCCUCCAGAGCUGGCGCCCCCCAGUCCUACUCCUGCCCAAUAAGCUUUUCUUAUCACCACCUUCAGUUUGGAUUCUUAUAUCUCUAUCUGUCCAGUGAGUUUGGCAGUUUACUUUUACUUAAGUAAUUUUGGGUCGAGCAAUGUUCUAAAGCUGACCAUGUACUUCAAUUUCUGUAUUCCAUAUGUUCAAGAUCCAUGGAACAAAUAGAUCCAUUUCGCACAAAUUUACCAGUAGCAUGCGCUGCGUGCAUAGUUUACUCUGGCUGAAAUUGCGAGAUGCACUGGAGGCAGCACAUGAACUGUUGGCCUGUAGUUAAAUGCUUAAUUGAAUAAAUAUUUUGAUAACAAAAAGUACUGAAGGACAAAUUUUAUUGAUGAA